ACACUCUCAACACAGACGACUUGACUCAGAUCAUCACUGUCGGAGGAUCGCUACUUGAUCCAUUUUCCAAUGGGAGGAAAAACAGAGCCGGCGAAAUCGGAAUCAAUGGCGACGGCGACGACGAGGAGUCCAGAUCUGAUCAACAGUAGUUUCUUCUCAUUCAAAUCCCUAAAAUUGAAGACGAAGCAGCAAGAGCUCUUGCUCCGUAUCUCGAUCCUUGGUCUAGUCUACAUCUUAGCCUUCAUAGCUCGUCUCUUUAGUGUUCUUCGAUACGAAUCCAUGAUCCACGAAUUCGAUCCGUAUUUCAACUACCGUACCACUCUCUUCCUCACCGAGAAAGGCUUCUACGAGUUUUGGAACUGGUUCGACUCUGAAUCUUGGUACCCUCUUGGUCGAAUCAUCGGCGGUACGCUUUAUCCUGGUCUCAUGGUCACCGCCGCUUUGAUCUACUGGGCAUUGCGGUUUCUCCGAUUCUUCGUUCAUAUCCGUGAGGUUUGUGUGUUGACAGCUCCGUUCUUCGCGUCGAACACGACUCUUGUUGCGUAUUUCUUUGGUAAAGAGAUUUGGGAUACAGGAGCUGGUCUUGUUGCUGCUGUGCUAAUAGCUAUUUGUCCUGGAUACAUUUCUCGGUCUGUAGCUGGUUCGUAUGAUAACGAAGCUGUCGCGAUUUUCGCACUUUUGUUGACGUUUUAUCUGUUUGUUAAGGCUGUGAACACUGGUUCGUUGGCUUGGGCACUUGGCUCUGCGUUUGGUUACUUUUAUAUGGUUUCGGCUUGGGGAGGAUAUGUGUUUAUUAUUAACUUGGUUCCACUUUACGUCUUGGUGUUGUUGAUCACGGGAAGGUAUUCGAUGAGGCUUUACAUUGCUUAUAACUGUAUGUAUAUCUUGGGGAUGUUGCUUGCUAUGCAAAUUCGGUUUGUUGGUUUUCAACAUGUUCAAUCUGGUGAGCAUAUGGGUGCAAUGGGAGUAUUCUUACUGAUGCAGGUGUUUUACUUCUUGGACUGGGUGAAGUACCAGCUCAAUGACACCAAGUUGUUCCAAACGUUUUUGAGGAUAACUGUGACAUCGGCUAUACUGGUUGGUGGUAUUGCUUUGGGUGUAGGAACAGCAUCUGGCUAUAUAUCUCCAUGGACUGGUCGAUUUUACUCGUUGCUUGACCCGACUUAUGCAAAGGAUCACAUUCCCAUUAUUGCAUCUGUUUCUGAGCAUCAGCCUACGGCCUGGUCAUCUUUCAUGUUUGACUACCAUAUCCUGCUCUUCCUUUUCCCAGCCGGACUUUACUUCUGUUUCAAGCGUUUGUCAGAUGCUACAAUAUUUAUCGUCAUGUAUGGGCUUACUAGCUUGUACUUUGCUGGUGUCAUGGUUCGGCUUAUUCUUGUCGCCACUCCAGCAGUUUGUCUUAUCAGUGCCAUAGCUGUCUCUGCUACUGUCAAGAAUUUAACUUCUCUGUUAAGGACGAAACAAAAGGUUUCCCAGACUGGUUCCACGAAAGGAGCUGGUAGUUCCAAAGCCUCUUCAAAGGUUACACUUGACCAGUCUCAGCCUUUCCAAAAAAAUGGUGCCAUUGCUCUUCUUGUUGGAGUAUUUUAUCUGCUCAGUAGAUAUGCUAUUCACUGCACAUGGGUGACAUCAGAGGCAUAUUCAUCUCCCUCAAUUGUCCUAGCUGCAAGAGGAGCCCAUGGGAACAGAAUCAUCUUUGAUGAUUACCGUGAGGCCUACUACUGGCUUAGGCAAAACACUCCCACUGAUGCUAAGAUCAUGUCGUGGUGGGACUAUGGGUACCAAAUCACUGCAAUGGGAAACAGAACGGUCAUCGUCGAUAACAAUACCUGGAACAACACACAUAUUGCUACUGUUGGACGUGCCAUGUCUUCUUAUGAAGAUGAGGCGUAUGACAUCAUGAGGUCACUUGAUGUGAACUAUGUAUUGGUCGUGUUUGGUGGUGUUACUGGUUAUUCCUCAGAUGAUAUAAACAAGUUCUUGUGGAUGGUGAGAAUUGGAGGUGGAGUAUUCCCAGUGAUCAAGGAACCUGAUUACCUUGUGAAUGGUGAAUUCCGUGUAGACAAGGGUGCAUCACCAAAGAUGCUGAACUGUCUCAUGUACAAAUUAUGCUAUUACAGGUUCGGUGAGCUGACCACAGAAUAUGGCAAGCCACCCGGGUAUGAUAGAGCAAGAGGGGUGGAGAUAGGGAACAAAGACAUCAAACUUGAACACUUAGAAGAAGCUUACACAACAUCCAACUGGAUAGUUCGUAUUUAUAGAGUCAAGCCUCCGACGAAUAGGUUGUGACCAAAAUGGCUUUAGAUAGUUGCUAGUUUUGAGGAUGAACCAUACAAUUUCGAAUUUUCUUGGGCUUGGUUUUAUUUUGUAUGCACGAUAAUUUUUGUAGUUUUACUAUCUCUCAAGUUUAUAAAACCUAUUUGCAUUGGUUUGUU